AUGGACUUGCAAAACUUAAACUAUUUGAAUCUCAGUUUCAAUGAUUUCAAUGAGAGUCAAAUCCCGAAAUUUUUUGGUUCUCUCACCAAAUUACGAUAUCUUGAUGUAUGUAGGUCUUCUUUUGGUGAAAAAAUACCAAUUGAACUUUGCAAGCUUUCAAACUUGUUGGUUCUAGAUCUUUCCAUCAACAAUUUAGUUGGUAACAUACCUUUCCAUCUCGCAAACCUUUCAAGUUUGUGGGAGCUCCAUCUAGAUGGGAAUCAUUUAGUGGGCAAUAUUCCUCGCCAACUUGGUAAUCUUUCCAGCUUGAAGAUACUCCAGAUUGGCUACAAUGAUGGUUUGAAAAUUGAUGACAAGAGUUUGGUUGCCAUUGAGUGGCUUUCCAAUCUUCGGUCAUUAACUUCGCUUGAUUUAAGCUAUGUUUCCAAUCUUAAUCACUCUGACAACUUGUUGCCAAUUAUCGGAAAGCUUCCAAACCUGAGAGAGCUGCGGCUUACAAACUGUAGCCUGACAGAAAAUAAUAUUCUAUCAACUCCUCCAUCCCAUUUGAAUUUUUCUGCAUCUCUCUCAACUCUUGAUCUCUAUUGCAACAAGCUAACAUCAUCAUUAUUCCCUUGGUUGUUCAAUCUAAGCUCCAAUCUCGCAUACCUUUCUCUAUCCAAUAAUCACUUGGGUGGUCCCAUUCCGAUUGAUUUUGGAAAAAACAUGAACUCUUUAGUGACUCUUGACCUUUCCUAUAAUGACCUAAAUGGAACAAUCAGUGACAUCCAUUUUGAUAAUCUCACCAAGUUAGAAAGCUUGGACUUAUCUAAGAAUUUGUUGACCCUCAAAUUCAGCACCGAUUGGAUUCCUCCAUUUCAAUUAAAGGGGUUAGGGUUAUGGCAAUGUAAGUUGGGCCCUGGAUUCCCUAGAUGGCUUCGCACCCAAAAUAAUUUACAAUAUUUAUCCAUUCAUGAUGCUGAAAUCAAUGAUUCUAUACCAGAGUGGUUUUGGAGACUUUUAAAGGGAGCAGAUAUUCUUCAAAUAGAAUCGAGCAAUCUCACAGGUGUAAUUCCGGAUCUGACACUUGAAUUUAAUGUUCCUGUGAUAUCAUUGGCUUCCAAUCAAAUUAAAGGCUUUGUUCCAGAGUUCCUACUAAAUAGCGUAUUUUUAGACAUUUCAGAAAAUCUAAUUUCAAAAUUUGUUCAUUCAUGUGCCAAGGGAAGGAGUGCAAUUGUUGAAAAUUUGGCAAUUUUAAAUCUCUCAAGCAACAACUUAUUAGGGGAACUUGUUGGUUGUUGGGAUCAUUUCAAAUCAUUACAGAUUCUUGACUUAUCCAAUAAUCAACUCUCAGGAAGGAUUCCUAACUCUAUGGGGUCCUUAAGUCAACUUAAGCAGUUAGUUCUGCAACACAAUUGCUUCACUGGUGACUGCCUUCCUUAA